AAGCCCAUUUGUAGUUUGUUGUUUGUUUCCCAUUUUUCAUUGCUCCAAGAAGUUAGAAGCUUUCUUUGACCAUCAAUGGCGGUUCGUCGAGUCGGUUCGUCGUCGGGAAUGUCAGCCCUCCAGGAACGGUCUCUCCACAUCGCCGAUUUGCAGGCGUGGAUGGACCAGGCGUACUUCGUUAAUGACUGCUUCCCAGAGCUUAAGGGAGAGAUUGUGAGUGCAAAGUUUAUUGUUGAGAAAUCGGGUUACUGCUAUGGUUUUCUGGAGUUUAGGUCUCACAAGGUAGCAAAGCUUGUUCUGGAGACAUACAAUGGCAAGCAGAUGCCCAAGGCGUGUCAACAUUUCCGUCUCAAUUGGAGCAGGCCCAUGAGGGCAUUGCAAACUACGGAUGCUUCUCAAGGAGGGAAUUACAAGCUUGUAGUUGCUGGGGAUCUGCCGAAGGAUGUUACUGCUGAAGAACUGCAGCAGCACUUUAGAACCCAUUACCCUUCAGUUAAGGAUGCUGAAGUUCACACCAGUGAAUCCCAGGGGUUGUAUGGUGUUAUUACAUUUGCAAAAGAGCAUGAAAGGCAUCUAGCAUCAAUUCAUAUGGCCAGUCAAUGUUUUAGGAGGAAAGAAGACGGCAAACCGCAUCAUUUCUUCUAUAAAGAUACAGCUGCUGAGUACCAGAGAGCUGCCUACCCAAGUACCCAUCCAGAGGAUACACAUCCAAAUGGUUCAACAAUUUACAUUCAAAACUUGGAAAAGGAUGUUACCGAACCUUUCUUGCUACGGAAAUUUUCCCCCUAUGGUGAGGUUUCUAAAGUCACCAUAAGGGGAUGUGCUCUGAUUCAGUUUGUUGAUAGAUCGAGUGCCAAUAAAGCAUUGCUUCACAUGAAUGAUGACUUCAUUCUGCAGAAUAGCUUACUUACACUGACCAUGAGAAAAUCAAAUGAUGAAUCUGUUCCAGUAGCUUCAUCUGUUGAAGACUUCAAGGAACUAACAGAGCUUAAGGAAUUAAACCAUGAAGAUCAAAGAUCAGUAUCUGGGUUCAAAGUGUGUGAAGUUGAUUCGUCCUCGUUGGAAAUGGCAGACCGCCGUUCCCUGUCUCUCCACAUCGCUGAUUUGCAGGCCUGGAUGGACAAGCCCUACUUGCGGGACGAGUGCUUCCCAGAGUUUUCAGGAGAGGUUAUGAGUGCUAGCAUUUUUGUUGAGAAAAGUGGUUAUCGCUAUGGUUUUCUGGAGUUUAGGUCUCCUGAGGUAGCAGAGCUUGUACGCAAGACGUACAAUGGCAAGACGAUGCCCAAGGCGUGUCAAUAUUUCCGUCUCAAUAGGAACAGGUCCAAGAGACCACCAGGAACUAUGGCUGCACCUGAAGAAGGGUAUUACAAGCUUGUAGUUGAUGGGAAUUUGCCGAAGGAUGUUACUGCUGAAGAACUGCAGCAGCACUUUAGAACCUAUUACCCUUCAGUUAAGGAUGCUGAAGUUCACACCAGUGAAUCCCAGGGGUUGUAUGGUGUUAUUACAUUUGCAAAAGAGCAUGAAAGGCAUCUAGCAUCAAUUCAUAUGGCCAGUCAAUGUUUUAGGAGGACAGAAGACUGCAAACCGCAUCAUUUCUUCUAUAAAGAUACAGCUGCUGAGUACCAGAGAGCUGCCUACCCAAGUACCCAUCCAGAGGAUACACAUCCAAAUGGUUCAACAAUUUACAUUCAAAACUUGGAAAUGGAUGUCACUAAAGGGUUCUUGCUACGGAAAUUUUCUCCCUAUGGUGAGGUUUCUAAAAUCACCAUAAGGGGAUGUGCUCUGAUUCAGUUUGUUGAUAGAUCGAGUGCUGAUAAAGCAUUGCUUCACAUGAAUGAUGACCUCAUUCUGCAGAAUAGCUUACUUCCACUGACCAUGAGAAAAUCAAAUGAUGAAUUUAUUGCAGUAGCUUCAUCUGUUGAAGACUUCAAGGAACUAACAGAGCUUAAGGAAUUAACCCGUGAAGAUGAAAGAUCAGUAUCUGGGUUCAGAGCAUGUGAGGAGGAGUCCACAGAUGAAAAAAUAACAGAGGAGAGGAAGCAAGAAAAUGGUGAAUCUGCUCCAGUAGCUUCAGCUGUAGAAGAUCUUGAGGAACUAACACAUGGAGGAUCACCGAAAGACCUUAAGGAAUUAACCCAUGACGAUGAAGGAUCAGUAUCUGGGUUUAGAACGUGUGAGGAGGAGUCCACAGAUGAAAUAACAGACGAGGGGAGGCAAGAAAAUGAUGAAUCUGUUCCAGUAGCUUCAUCUGUAGAAGACCUUGAAGAACAAAAACAUGGAGAAUCACCGAAAGACCGUAAGGAAUUAACCCAUGAAGAUGAAGGAUUAGUAUCUGGGUUCAGAACGUGUGAGGAGGAGCCCACAGAUGAAAAAAUAACAGAGGAGGGGAAGCAAGAAGAGGAGGUGAAAAAAGUCAGAAGGGCAAAGACGGAGGUUAGUGAAGGACAGAGACGGAGGAGGAAGGUGAAGAAGGCAAGGCAGAAGGAGAAAAAGAAGCUUCUUAAGCAAACCGAAGAAUGGUUGGAAGCAUCAGAAGGGCAGCAAACCAAUGAAGGGUUUGAAGCACCAGAAGGGCAGCAAACCAAUGAAGGCUCGCAAGCAUCAGAAGGGCAUCAAUUGGUCAUCUCUUGGCUGUGGGAGUUGUAUGCAAGCCUGAAGCACUACUUGUUCGGCUGCUAAGGCCGGAGGGGAAGCCAAAUAUGAUGCAGCAAUAGAGGAAAUAAAGAAAAGCAGAGAAAGAUUUGCCAUAAGAGCACAGAACGAAAGCUGAAGAGAAAGAGAAAAAGAAGAGUGCUAGAGAGAAUGAAAGAAAAAAAGCAACUGAAGCUGAAAUUCUAAUGGAGCAAACCAAGGUAAAAACCCGUCCCUAUGCCUCUUUUGAAAUGCAGUAAGAGAAUGAUGCAGCCUUUGAUGUGGGUGCUUGUUACAUUCUGGUUAUCGUUUUCUUGUCGACAUACGCUUCAAAGGUAAUUUGACAGAUUUCAUUGAGACAUUUCCAUACUAUUUAUUCUAUAUAGCCAAUUUUUUGGAUGUGACAUUUGACUGGUCAUGUAUGAGUUUGUUUGUAUGCUGCAGUGAUUUACACAGCCUGCCUAAACAGCUGGUACAAGUACAAUAUCAGUUGAAUUCCUGUGCAUUUUGGUUGCUGUUUUAUUUUAGUGUGCGGCUUUAGUAUUGUCUGUAGUGGUUAGUGUAUGAUGGUAUCGAGUCCAUUAUCAACAUUUGACCCCAUCUCCAUUUUACCUUUUCUCUGCACGGGGUUUAAUUCAUUUUGCAGAGUCGAAACAGCUGCUAUGUGCAUGGAGUUUACUAGAUUCUCAAGGUUUUUCAGGGGUGUUUGCAGAACUUCAGCAUGCAAGUAAAAGGUUUGCACUCUACUUUCCUGAUGUUCUUGUUUAGUGCAUUGAUCUUAAUUGUGGUUGAUGUCUAUAGUUACUGGUAGAGCUUAAACUAGAGUCGACUUCGCUACUUCUGUUAUGAGAUUGGUUAUAUCCAACAAAGCUGUAUCCAACUUUUACUUUCAACACAUUGUUGACUUAAUUUCAACGUAAUCAGAGUCCAAGUGUUAUGUUGUGACUUAGUUUAUUGUUCACUUUCAUGUAUGCCAUUUUGCCUUCAUGUGACCUUGCCGGUUGAGGAUCGAAGUUGCCUUGUUUCUCUGAACAAUUUGAGGUAUAUUGGUUUGGUUGUUUAAGCUUCAUCCCCUGGCAGAUAUCAUUAUUGCUACUGAAUUAAGCAAUGUUGUAAGUUUAUAUUUCAAUUUGCAGGCCAGUUGCUUGCUUUUCCUAGUCAAGUGAUGUUAGGGAAAGGGAUGACAGCCUUGUAAUUAAGGAUUUAAAUCCAAGCCAGGUUUGUUUUACUGGAAGUUUAUUUUAUAUUAUUGUAAGCUCUUUGUUCAUAAGCUACCUGGGUGUUGACAUUGUCCUCAACUGAGAAUUGUCAAAACAACUUUUCACCUGAAACAAAAGGAUUGGCAAUAAACAAUAGUAAAGCUAUUCUUGCAACCAAUAGAAGUUUUUGAGGUUUGAGCCUUUUGUUCGCGAGGAGCAAGAUACUGCUGGAAAAUAUGAUGAUGUUUACCAUUCUGUAAGCCUCUUGGCUGUUGAUAAUUGAAAGAGUUUGAUUUAUGAAAAGAGCAAGGGACCCAAUGGUCAUGAACCGUGGGAAGGUGGAGAUGGGGGGAAGCAGCAGUUGAAGUUCUUAUCGAGAUUCAUAAUUUCUCUUGACAUUAUGUGAGGAUAGUAGUUGUAUCGUUGUUUUGUAUGUAGAAGCUCCAGCAAUUGAUAGUGUUGAAAUGCGUCGUGCUGGGUUGCUAAUGGUAAUAAAAUCUCUAUCACUGCAUUAUGAACCCUGCUAUAA